CCUCCGAAGAACAAUCAUCCCAUACCAAAAAACUAAAUUCAGUUGACGAUAAAAGAACUGAAUUGAGCUUCUUAGAGGAGAAGAUAUCAUAAGUUUGGGAAGCACCAUGACUUUACUCGCAUUUGUUGCUUUCAUCAGUCUUUUCUCAAUAGCAACAACCAUUGGAGAAGCUGCAAGGAAAGACCCGGGAGAGUACUGGGUGUCAGUAAUGGAGGAGGAGCCGAUGCCUGAAGUCAUCAAAGGACUCAUCGGUGCUCUUGACUCGCGAGCUGAAGAAGAUCUUCCUCAUGAUCAUUCCCGUAUGCAUCGUAGCCACAAGAUGACCAAAAACUGUGAGAUUGAGACCUCUGGUGAUCGCAAGGAGAAGAAGCCCUAUGCCAAGGACAUCGAGCCCAGGCCCAACGUAUCAGCUUAUGGGGACGACAAAGUUAAAGUAGCUGGACACGAUGAGGAGGAGAAAAAGAAGUUCACUGAUGAGUUUGAGCCAAGGCCCAAUGUAUCAGCAUAUGGCGACGAUAGCACCAAGGCCGAAGAGAAGGAGAAGAAGAAGUUCACCGAUGACUUUGAGCCUAGGCCCAACGUAUCAGCAUACGGGGACGAUAGCACCAAGGUUGAAGAGAAGGAGAAGAAGAGGUUCACAGAUGACUUUGAGCCUAGGCCCAACGUAUCAGCAUACGGGGAUGAUAGCGCCAAGGCCGAAGAGAAGAAGAAGAAGUUCACAGAUGACUUUGAGCCUAGGCCUAAUGUAUCAGCAUAUGGUGACGAUAGCACCAAGGGUGAAGAGAAGCAAAAGAAGAAGUUCACAGAUGACUUUGAGCCCAGGCCAAAUGCAUCGGCUUAUGGUGAGGACCACGUCAAGCUGAGCAAAGAGGCAAAGAAGAAGCUAACUGAUGACUUCGAGCCGAGGCCCAGCAUCACUGAUCAUAGAGGCAAAGAAAAAGAGGAGAAACCAUUCGCAGGAGAUUUCGAGCCGAGGCCUAAUGUGUCGGUCUACCAAAGCUAAAUUAAUCAGCGACUAGACUACAGAUGUACGCAAGUCUAGAAUGAUCGAGUCCGAUAAUAUAGUAUUGUACAAGGAGCAAGAAUAAGCGUUGAGAGUGUGCUCUCUUGUGAAUAGCAGUGUUGUCAUCUCAUGUGUAUGUCUACUUGCGAACGUACCCAUCUCAACGUCAUAGUAAUGGUAUGUGUUUUACCUGGUAUUUUGAAUUUAGCUUUUUUUCUUUUUUUACUUGAGAGUAUUUUGGUCGUCAGUCGUCUGUAUUAUUAGAAAAUCUUAAAUGAAUUUUUUCCUAUGGUAUCAA